UGACUGCGCACCAGAAGAGCAAGUUUACCACAUGAACAGGACAUAUAUCACCGCUUUUAAACAAAAGACUCUUUGAAUUUGAACCUUUUGGUUUUAUUUUUCUUCCUGACCUGUGAAGAAGAAUCACCUUUGCUUUAUCAAAAUAUGAUGGACUCAAACUGCUUUUCAUCUGGCUGUGUUUUUUAGAGAGCUGCUUUUGUUUUUAACUUUAGUAAUAUUUCAUCGGUUUGUGGGGAACAAACAGCAAGUCCUGAGACAGAUUAUAUAAAGGCUCCUGUCACCAGGCUGCUGUAGCUGCAGACAUGGAUGAAGAGACUCCGCUCCUGAACAGAAGGUCAACAUCAUCUGAAUCCCAGAUCAGUAACUCCAAACUGUUCCUGGCCGUUUUUGCGGCCGUCCUGGGGAACUUCAACUUUGGUUACUCCCUGGUCUACUCAUCCCCCGUCCUGCCAGUGUUCCAGAGCCCUGAUGCUGACCCUCGGCUUAGGAUGGACACGAAGCAGGCCGCCUGGUUCGGUUCCAUCUUCACGCUGGGUGCAGCAGCUGGAGGGCUUGGGGCCAUGCUGCUCAACGACAUGAUUGGACGGAAGCUGAGCAUCAUGAUGUCAGCAGUGCCGUCGACUGUUGGGUACAUGCUGCUUGGAGGGGCUGUGGACUUGUGGAUGCUCCAUGUGGGGCGUUUCCUAACUGGUGUUGCAGGGGGGAUGACGGCGGCAUCCAUUCCUGUCUACAUCUCAGAGAUCUCCCACAAAGGAGUGAGAGGAGCUCUGGGCUCUUGCCCUCAGAUCACUGCUGUGUUUGGAUCCUUGACGCUCUACGCCUUGAGUCUGGUGGUAGAAUGGCGGUGGCUGGCAAUAGCGGGGGAGGUGCCAGCUGUGCUGAUGGUUGUGCUGCUCACGUUCAUGCCCUCCUCCCCCAGGAGGCUCCUCUCUUUAGGCAGAGAGCAGCGGGCUGAGAAGGCCCUUCGCUGGCUGAGGGGAAGUCAGUAUGACACACAUGCUGAGCUCAGCGCCAUUCAGCACAGCAUCAGGACACAGAGUAAAGUCACACUGUCCCAGCUGGCCACACCCAUUUUCUACAGACCAAUCAUGAUCUCAGUGGUGAUGCGUUUCCUGCAGCAGAUGACCGGCAUCACGCCCAUUCUGGUCUACCUGCAGCCCAUCUUUGCCAAGAGUCAAGUCUCCCUGGAGCCCAAGUAUGAUGCCGCCAUUGUGGGUUUGGUUCGCCUCCUGUCUGUAGCCACAGCAGCCUCUCUGAUGGACAAGGCAGGACGCAAAGCGUUGCUGUACACGUCAAGCAUGCUGAUGUUCCUGUCUGCUCUGACUCUGACCAUUAAUUCCCACACCACAUAUUGCCCUCCAGGCCCUGCUCCUCCCAACCUCACAGCUCUGAACUACAGUCCUCCUUUAGAGGCCAGCCAGCCCAGUUUAGCAGGCCUCAUCCCUCUCAUCAGCACCAUGGUGUUUAUAUUUGGGUACGCCAUGGGCUGGGGCCCAAUUACAUGGCUGCUCAUGUCAGAGGUGCUGCCGCUGGUUGCCAGGGGCGUGGCUUCAGGUCUCUGCGUCACCGUCAGCUGGUUGACGGCGUUCAUGCUCACGCACGCCUUCACACUCCUGGUGGACAGCUACGGACUGUACGUUCCCUACCUGGGUUUUACAGUGGUGUGUGUCCUCUGCCUGCUCUUCAACGCCGUGUGUAUCCCAGAGACUCGCAGCCGCUCACUGGAGGAAAUAGAGAACUAUUUCAGGACAGGGCGCACGUUCACCAUCAGACGGAGUCAGUCCACUGGACAGUCAAGCUGAAGUUUAUAGAUAGUGAUAGUGUAAAGAAAAUGUUUAAAUGCAGUAAUAAACACCAGGAUCUAAGGAAAGCAGGUGUAUGUUAGUGUAAAGGCCUGUGAGAAAAUAAAAACUUAAAAAUAACUACUACAUAAAAGCUGAGCACAGAUGGACCAAAUCAAACAAUACAUGCCUACAACACACCAUCAUUUUACAGCAACGCAUCAAAGCACAGUGUUUUAUAUUACUACAUACAUUAUCUGAAAUUCACUCAAUCAAUAUGUAGAAUACUAGAUGUAUGUACAGUCAUGUACAGUUUAAAGUAUUUAUUAUGGAGCUGCUCAUGUUGUUCUUCUCAUCUGCUAAAGGCACAUUUUUCAUUAAAUAAUUCACAAACAUCCAUUUAAUUUUUACUUUUGCGAUAUGUUUUAUCGCUCUGUCUGCAUCCCUAUAU